GCUAUUCCCAUACUCAUCGACAUCAUGCUGUUACGAUCGGUAUGCCAGCUUCUGCUGGCCACAAGUACGGUGCAAGCAUUCAAAGAUGCGCACCCAUUCUUCAUGCUUCUCAGCGAUCCUUCUGGACGAUAUAGCAACUCGCCACUACCACAAAUAGCGAGCUCUGGUGAUGUAGAGACUCAGGUACUGGACGCUCUAUCAGGUUGCGAACACGAUGCGUACGUCAUCUUCACCCAGCCGGGCGCCAGAGCAGACGAUGUCAUGAGCAUGGCGCGGCUGCGAGAACAGAUGGCGAAAGGACGGAACGAGACGCUGCUGCAAACGUCUGAGGCGCUAGGUAGCGUGAAUGCGGACAAGCUUGCGGAUGCAUUGGCCAGGAAAUGCAGCUUAGCAGAGAGCACAACGAAGCAUCUCAUUACCAAGCCUUUGCAGCCACUGACAAUGGCCGGAGACGACAGAAAGACGGAGACUGCUAUGUCCGACGUGGCGAUUACGCGAUACCUCGACGAAUUGAGCUCGAAGAAUAUGCCUUAUGUUCUUAUCUAUGCAGCUUCCGCGAUACAGCAGGAUCCGCCGUACGAGAUGGACGAGGAGUACCCCUCAGCCUUGCAUAUCGACCUCAAGCGCGACAUCAGUGCAGAAGGGCGCCGUCUUCGGCAAAGACAGUCAAACGUGACAGACAACACACAGUACAAGCUGCCGCUGUUUGAGACGUACCAGUUCUUGUCACCCGCCAUCUUCAUGGGCCUCACUGUCACGCUGCUACUCUUCUUGAUUGGCUACGUCGGUGUCUCUGCCAUCGCCGGCCUGGAAGUCUCGUAUGCCGCUUUCAGCAAGGAGAUGGGACCGCAAGCCCAGAACAAGGGAAAGCAGCAAUGAUUUGAGUUAUUGUCUAAGUUGUUGUCUAGCGCGAGGGUGUAGAGCGUGCGGCAUUGCAGGGAGCUUCUGAUGUAUACAACGAGGUAGCCGCCGACCAUGGUGUAUCGUCUCCCUAUUCCGUCUCUGGACUUCGUUGGUUUGUCUUACUCUGCCAAAGCGCUUGCGGUGGCGAUGGUAGAUAUUUCGCACUUUACACAAAUGUACUCCAAGAGUGACAU